AUGGGAGGUAGGAAGGGAGGUAACGGAGUCAGCUCGGACGGUUGGGGUAAGGUGGAGGGAAACGGUGGAGGAGGAGAGGGCGUCGAGGAGGUACUAGGUAGAGUGCCAGAGAGCGGUGGCCGGCCAGUGGUUAAUGGCGGAGGAGAUGAGGCAUGGCUUGUUGGGGGAAACAUAGUCGCGGAGGAAAUGAAGAGGCGUAGGUGGACAGAGGAGGCGAGGAAGAGUGAUGGUUCUUCUGCUGUUGGAGGAAGAGGAAGACCAUUGGCUGCUGUGAGAGGGAGAGUGAGAGGAGGAGGGAGAGGAAGUGGAAGAGGGACAGACUUGUUUCAGGAAAGCUUUAGGAAGAGUGAUGGUUCUUCUGCUGUUGGAGGAAGAGGAAGACCAUUGGCUGCUGUGAGAGGGAGAGUGAGAGAAGGAGGGAGAGGAAGUGGAAGAGGGACAGACUUGUUUCAGGAAAGCUUUGUUAGAAUGUCAGCUUGCGCAGAGUCAAGCUCAAUGGGACCAUGA